CGAGACGAUAGUACAUAAUCAAAACGAUCCAGACCAGAGCUCUUUAUCAUUCUCUGUAUCAAUGGCGCUGCCCAAGAUCCUUGCUGCUCUUUUCCUCAUUCUAGCAUUGUAUUGUGGGAUCGAUCCUUUUAAUCACUGCCCCAUGUCCGACUUCAAGGAUAUCAAAGUUCUCAAGGUCGAUUUGCCACUAUGGUCGUCGCUUCCCAAACAUCGAGACACCCUUAAUUUGCUUCAGAAAUCCCAGAUUAAGUUCCUCAACCAAAUUCAAGGACCCGAAAGCAUUGCCUUUGAUCCACAGGGUCGUGGUCCCUAUACUGGAGUUGCCGAUGGCCGGGUUCUUUUCUGGAACGGCGAGUCUUUGAUUGAUUUUGCCUACACUUCUCCUAAUAGGUCAGAGAUAUGUGACCCAAAACCAUUGCCUUUAAGUUAUUUAAAGAAUGAGCACAUAUGUGGGAGGCCUUUGGGUCUUCGAUUUGAUAAGAAAACCGGCGACUUGUACAUUGCCGAUGCUUAUUUUGGGUUAAUGAAGGUUGGGCCGGAAGGUGGAUUGGCAACAUCUUUGACAAGAGAAGCUGAAGGAAUUCCAUUAACAUUUACUAAUGAUCUUGAUAUUGAUGAACAAGGAAAUGUUAUUUUCACUGAUAGCAGUACCAUAUUUCAGAGAAGAAACUUUUUGCAGUUAGCUUUCACAGCUGAAAAUAGCGGAAGGAUUCUCAAAUACAGCCCUAGUACAGGGGAAACAACAGUUCUUGUACGUAAUCUCCAGUUUCCAAAUGGUGUGUCCCUGAGCAAGGAUGGUUCAUUCUUUGCAUUCACCGAGUGUUCAACAGGAAGGUUAUGGAAGUAUUGGUUAAAAGGGGAGAAGGAAGGAAAAUGGGAAAUGAUGGCUAUCCUCCCUGGAUUCCCUGACAACGUUAGAACAAAUGAGAAGGGGGAAUUUUGGGUUGCAAUGCACAGCAGGCUUAACAUGUACGCAUAUAUAACAGGACUAUAUCCGAAUCUACGAAGGUUCUUAUUGAAGCUUCCAGUCCCAGCAAAGAUUCACUACUUGUUGCAUAUAGGAGGGCGGAUCCACGGAUUGGUGGCUAAGUAUAGCCCAGAAGGCGAAAUUGUGCAGAUAUUGGAGGAUAGUGAAGGGAAGGUUGUGAAAGCUGUGAGCGAAGUCGAGGAGAAUGAGGGGAAGCUAUGGAUGGGGAGUGUGAUGAUGCCAUUUGUGGCAGUCUAUGAUCUUCAACAACAAGAUCAUUGAGUCACUCCAAUAUACAGAUUAUACAGAUAUAGAUAGUAACUUGGCUUAUCAAAUCAAUAAUAUUCUAAAGUUGCAUAAAAGUAUGUGUUAUGCAAUUUCUUUGUUGAAUUUUAAUGUCAAGAACAGAGGAGGCAUGAGAACUAGAGUCUAGACUAGCCAGAUUUUGGGUAUUGCAGGAUAUUAUUAAGUUCUAUUUCCAAGGUAUUUAUCCAUAUGUUGUUACAACUUUAGAAAGUGGUGUUCUCAAUUUCAAAUGGUUCAAUUAUUGACUUCAUGUUGAAAUAU